ACCCUAUUGAUAAACCCAAAAAGCAUCCACCAUCCAAGCCCCCCUCAUUUUUUUUCUUUAACCCUUACUUCCAUCCUUUAUUUCUCCCCCCGCUUUCUUAUCCUUCCACAAGCCUCUCCAUCUCACAGUCCUGAAGGAACACUCCGCUCGGUGCUGUGUCCAUAUCUGCAUUCUGAGGGUGCUGUGUGUACCCUAAAACAAGGAUUUCUUCCAUUCUUCCUGCAUUCACGCGGCCAUGCGAGGGCGGAGUCUACCCUUCAUCAUUUCCCUCCUCCUCCUCGUCCUGUCAUUCUCUGAGGCGAAAAAGAAGUCCAAGCAGCCAUCAGAUGCAGUGACUGGAUCAGAGAGCAUCGUGGCACAUCCCUCGCUGGGGUCAGGUCAACUGAGCACUAAAGAUGGGCACCGCUGCACCUGGGAGUCGCUAGAGAGAGGAGCCAACAUCCUGCUUCAGGUCAGCUGCACCGCCCCAAGCGAGGAGGGGCUCGGGUCUCACUACACCUGCCAGUUCGCUGGAAAACCUCAGGAAUGCUCCAUCUACAGCACUCAGUCCUCCCAGUACUGGAAACAGGUGGUGAGCAAACUGAAGAAACGAAAGAACGCCUGCGAGGGGGAGAAAGUCCUGAAAACACGUCUGUGUAAGAAAGCACCCAGCGCAUCUCACAUGAAACUCACAGAGAGAAGCGGAGAAGAGACCACCACGCACACGAGCAAGGGAAUGCCAGAAGAGAGCAAACGGAAAACGGAAGCACCCACGAGGAAAGAAAAAGAAGUACAGAAAGAAAAGGAAGAGGAGGUGAAGAAAGAAGAGGAGGAGGGUUUCGGAGAUGUAGUGAAUGAUGGAUUCUCAGACAUGGAGCCCGCUGUGAGCUACUGCGGAGAAGGAUGGCAUUCUGUCUGCAACUUCUUUGUCAAGUUCUUAGAUGGUUAAAAAACGAGAAACAUCUGCUAUCAAUGCUUUCUUGGACCCAGGGGAGGAUAUGAAUGUUGCUGCAUGUGAGAAAGAUGGAAAGGCGGCGAUGUCAGGUGUCAAAAAUAUGACUUAGCAAAGGAUAAAAAAAAAAAAUCCUGUUGUGAAGAGGAAGACAAAUAGACAGAGAAAGUAGUUCAUGUAUAAUAUUUAACAAUCACACUAAUCGCAUUAAAUAUGAUGUUGCACACAGUUGUGCAUAUUGUAACUAAACCUAAAUUAACGUGUUUGUAGAUAUGAAUAAUUGUAUGACUUUUUACUCAUCAUGAAAACUGCUGUAUAUGAUUUUUGCAAAUAAUAUUCAGAACAAUAAAAAAUGAAAUGACAUGAA